ACCAACUGCGAUUAUCAACACAUUAAAAAUUGCUUAUUGCAAAAAAAUUAUUUUGUAAACAUAAAUUCGAUUGAAUUUGUUAUUAUGCAUUAGUUUAUACAUAAUAGUAUCGCAUAAUUGUUUCGUAAUAAACCUUUAUCAAAUCAUAGCGAACGCUCCAUUUUUUUUAAAGACAAAUCUAUGAAAAAGUUUAUUUUCAUAUCACAAGAUUUGUUAUUUUCAUCUUUUCAUGAUUUGGCAAAUCUCAAAUACGUAUAUAUACACCAAACACAUGUUCAAUGAUGCUCAUGUGUCAGGUUACUAGGCAGUGCGCGAGUGAAAUGCGCACUGUCCACUAGUGUCCACUGCGCUUGGUGCCGCCAUAUCACGUUUGUAUAAUGCUUAUAGUACAUAUCAUGGAAACUGUAACAGUCUCCAUGGUACAUAUAUAUUGUUUGCAUGCGCGUUUUCUUCUGCUAGACGCGUGAAAAGUAUAUGAACCUUUUGCCGCUAUCUAUUAACAUUUUCAUAAACAAUGGUGAUGUAAUGCAGAUCAAACAAGGAAAUUGCCUUGCAAGCUCAAAACCUUUUGCAUAUGUUUUGAGUUCAAAACACAGAGAAAAACACUGUGACCACUGUUUUAAAAGUGAGAAGCUUCUAAAGUGUGCAGGUUGUCAUUAUGUUUACUACUGUAACCGUGUGUGUCAGAAAGAUUCUUGGAGCAUACAUAAAUCAGAAUGUAUGAAUCUAAAGAAGAUUGCACCUCGAGUAGUGCCAGAUGCUGCACGCUUGAUGGCUCGGCUUAUUGUGAAGCUGCAGAAAAAUGGAGAAGACGAAAGAGAUUAUUAUGAUAAAUAUUUAUACCGAAAGUUUAAGGAUUUGAUGACUCAUUAUACAGACAUAAAAAAUGACCCAAAGCGUAUGGAACAUUUUGUGUCUAUUUGUCAAGUUUUACAGGAAUAUAUGUGCGAUACUACCCUGCCAAAUUCAGCAGAAUUGUUAGCUAUUUUUGGUAGAAUUUGUAUAAAUUCUUACAAUAUAUUAGAUUCUGAUAUGAAUAGUAUUGGAGUUGGUAUUUAUUUAGGCCCAUCAGUGAUAGAUCAUAGUUGUAAACCAAAUGCAAUUGCUGUUUUUGAUGGUACAACAAUUUUAAUAAGAGCACUUGAAGAUAUUCCUAUUCUCGAUUGGUCACAGAUACACAUUUCAUACAUAGACGUACUAAAUACUACAGAAACAAGAAGAGCAGAACUACAGCGAGUUUAUUAUUUCUUGUGCGAAUGCUCUAAAUGUAAAAAACAUGACAUUUUUACCACUGCAGCUGUUUGUCCACAUUGCAGUGGACCUUGUGACAUUACCAAAGAAUCAUGUUCUAAAUGUACCAAGAAAAUUGAUGAUCAUUUAAAAGAAAAAUUCAAAGAAGUGACUGAUUUUACAGCACAAUAUCUUGAAACUAUGAAGAGUGUAGCCUAUUUAGACAUUAGUAAAAAAUGUUUGAAAAAACAAAUAAAUGUAUUACAUUCUCUGAAUGUUCAACAUGUUCGAACCAUUGAAGCUGCAUUUGAUGCUGCUGUCAACUUGACAUAUUGGGAGGAUGCUGAAAAUUUUGGGAUUGAUUUAUUACCUGGAUACAUACAUUACUAUGGAGAAAUCCAUCCACUGACUGGGCUACUUUACUUAAUGAUAGGAAAAAUAAAGUUGCAUUUGGGUAAAUCUAAGGCAGCUUUAGAAAUGUUGACAAAGGCUGGUAAAAUAAUUAAUAUUACUCAUGGUGAAAAACAUGUAUUAUACAAAGAGAAUUUAAGACCAUUAAUUUGUCAAGCUGUUGCUGAAAAUCAGCACUGAAUAGACUGAA